CUCUAUGGAACUUAGUCAUGAUCUUUUUUUUAUUCUAUAAUUUCUAUAUUGACAACUCCGAAGCUUGUCUUAAAAUAGCAAUGAAAAAUAAGAAAAACUGCUUGAAUACUUCCCGAAGUUGUAACAUAACGUGUUUUCCGUCUUGAACAGUGAUUAUAAUGCUUGAAUUGUAUCUGAAUUAAUAUAAGAGUUUCUAUGUCUCAAGCAAUGCACAGACCAUAAGCUGUCAAAGUCAAAGAGAUUUUAGAAAUCUGUAAUAAAUCAAAAAUGUGAUCGGCGCGGAGAGCAAUGUGGAAAAGGAUUUAAAGCGAAGGAGGAUAAAAUUUCAUUCAAAGCAGCAGAAUUCGCCUCAGAAUUUUAAUCAUCCCUAAUCGCAGGACUGAGUAUGGAAUAAAGUGUUAAUUAAUGCUAUAUGACACUGGUUUUUACUUCACUCCAGAAGUGUAUCAACGGCUGACUCGAUUGGACAAAACCUUCAAAAGUUAGCGUGGCUACAACAUUUAGGUUGUACAUGAUGAUGCGAAUCAAUUAUAAGACAAUUCUCUUGAUACUGGUUGUAGCUGUAUUGAGUUCGAUACUUACCUCAUGGAAUAAUUGUGGAAAUAAUUUUUUCCUAAGGAAUGCAGAUUGGAAGCUGCAAUUGCAACACAAAGAUCGGAUCAGCAAUGAAUUGGGCUACCAAGAGAUUGACUGCUAUAUAAAUGGCGGAUAUUCCAUCGGAUGCCGAAAAGAAGGCGAUGAAGUUUAUAUUCCAUUUUCUUUCAUCCACAAGUAUUUUGAAAUUUAUGGAAAGCUUGCAACGUAUGAUGGUUUAGAAAGGUUCGAGUGGUUGCAUAGUUACUCAAAAAUAGUUAGUCCGAAGGGAAAAUACGAUUCGCGUGGGGUAUAUAUGACCUUUGAAAAUUACAACGUAGAAGUUAGAGAACGAGUAAAAUGCGUGAGUGGCAGCGACGGAGUCCCUAUAUCGACACAAUGGGAGAGUCAGGGUUAUUACUAUCCCACUCAAAUUGCACAAUUCGGGCUUUCACACUACAGCAAAAAUCUCACCGAACCUGAGCCUUACAAAAAAUUGAUUGAAGACUCUGAAAGAGUGAAACAGGAUUGGAUAGUCUCGCAAGGAUCUGUCAUGAGUCGAAUUUACGAUAAGCGUGUGAAUAGCUAUGUAAUGAAAUAUGCGACACCCGAAACAAGUGCAUCUGGAAUAUCAUUGAGACUAGAGCACGUACUGGAUUUUGUAUUCAAGUUCGAUCUUUAUACAAGAGAAAAUGGAAGUAUUACGGUUAUUAUGCAGUCAAGAGAAAAAAAGGAUGUAUAUCAUCUUCACUACACUACCAGCAAUGUAAUUUUACACACAUACAGUAAUCAUAUUUAUUAUGGCAUUGGAUUGUUGAACAAUCAAUGGAGAAGAUUGACAAGAGAUUUGGUUGUGGAUUUACAAAAAGGACUUAAUGCCAAUGAUAAGACUAAGAAGAAGAUAUCCAGGUCAAAAUUGAAGGUUAUUCAAAUUCUUCUAAAUGGAUCUGGGAUGAUAGACAAUAUUACUUUGUCAACUAGUGAACACAUGGAACAAUUUUAUGAUGCUGCUCGGUGGUUUGUUGCAAAUCAGAAUGUCACUUCAGGCGGCUGGCCUAAUCUAGUUAGAAGAAAAGUUGCCAAUGGCAUGGCUAUUCUUGAGCCUGGCUGGUAUUCCAGUAUGGGACAAGGUCAUGCAAUUUCAGUACUUUCGCGAGCUUAUUAUCACUCCGGUGAAGACAAAUAUUUGCACGCGGCAAUCAGAGGCUUGCGACCAUUCAGGGUUACUUCAACCAAGGGCGGGGUAACAGCUUCUUUUCUAGGCAAAUACGUUUGGUACGAGGAGUAUCCAACGACUCCUCCUUCUUUUAUCCUCAAUGGAUUUAUAUACUCACUUAUUGGUUUGUACGACCUGAAGAGUAUAGCGACUGGUAAGGAUGCAAAUGAUGCCUUUAAAUUAUUCGAUCAAGGUAUAACUUCCUUGAAAAACAUGCUCAUUUUAUACGAUACUGGCUCGGGAACAACUUACGACCUACGUCACUUUACUCUAAAAACAGCUCCGAAUAUUGCUCGCUGGGAUUAUCACUCUACGCACAUUAACCAACUACUUUUACUCAGUACGAUUGACAAUGAUCCUAUUUUUGCUACUACCGCUGAAAGGUGGAUUGGUUACAUGAAUGGAAAGAAGGCCGCACACAAUUAAAGUUUUAUAUAGCAUACUUACUAAUAACGUUGUCUUUGCAGGCUCGGUAAUGUAAUACCUGCGAUCUUAUCGAACUUUUCAUUCGUGGUAAAAAUAGUAUAUAAUGCAUCUAGGACGGGAAACAGGUAUUUUUUGCUGAGCGCGAUGUUUGCAGAAAAAGUCAUGAUUCGAGGUACCCAAGCCUGUGAUGACUGACAAUAUUCUCCGCUAUAUGACAGCACAUUACGAGCUUUUUUCUUUAUAGAGUUUUUGCCCUUUACCGAAUUUUUUUCCAAGGUCGAAAAAAAACAAUGUGCGGCCUGCUUCAUACGCUCAAAACCCGCGUUUUUAGUGCAUGCGUUGAAGAAAAUAACUUAUUCAUAAAUUGUGUUGUAUUAUGGUUUAAUUGUUGAAUCUAAUCUUAUUUUGAAUUUAUUUUUUUAAUUACAUAUGCCUGGCCUCCUUAAUAUCAGAGCUUUCAUACUUUUCACCAUUGCGAUAAAGUCAAUUGAGUUAAAAACGUAUCACGUUACAUGCCUAAGACUGCACAAAUAUCCAAUUUUUGGAAGCUUAGAAAUUCCAGUUACUGAAAUUUUUUCAGUGACAAAUGUAAAAUUUCUAAUAAUAAAGUUGAUACUUAAAACUUCGUUUCAGACCCGUGACAUUUCUAGAUUUAAACUUGACAGGGUAAUUCUUUCAAACGUUUUUCUUACUAUCACCUAGAUAUGAGUAACAAGAUAUUCUCUUUUAUCUUAUCAGGCUAAAAUUUAAAAGUUAGAGCCCAGUAUUAUGGUAUAUAUUUAAUUGACGCUUAUUUUAGUGUUAUUUAGUUGACAAAUGAAGUACCCGAGGUGUAUCUCACCUAUUUGGUUCAUUCUGUAAUAUGUUGUAGUACAUAAAAAAAUAUUAGAUACGUAUUUUUUGUCACUGGUUAAUUCGUCGAUUUAAGGGGUGAAAAUGGCUCUUAAAGUUUAUACCCAAAAAAGUUUUUAUUUGAUAUUUCAAAAAUUAGUUCGAAUUUUUUAAUCAAACAAACGUCAGAUUAUUUCUUACAAUAAGACGCUCAUUAAGACAUAUUUUGUAUACCGGGGGUUACAAACUAGAGGUUAACCAUCGCUUGCAAUCAACUUUUUCUAAACACUACCGAAAUAUGUCAACUUUAAUUUUUAAUUUGUUUAAUAACAGUACAAUUUAUAUACAGUGAAAUUCAGCUGAUUUGAAAGUUUCUGUAAAAAAAAUGUAAAAAAAUAAUAUUCACCGAUGUAAAAAAAGGGUUGCUACCCCUCGGUCUAAAAAAUAUGUCUCAAUGAGCAUCUUAUUGUAAGAAAUAAUCUGACGUUUGUUUAUUUUAAAAAUUCCGAUUCGUUUUUGAGAUAUUAAGGUAAACUUCAAUGGUUGUUUUUUUCACCCUUUAAAUCAUCGAAUUAGCACGUAAAAGAAUACGUGUCGGCUUUCUUUUAUGUACAACUGCAUAUUACAAAACGUAAAAAAUCGGUGAGGUACACCUCAGGAAGCAAUAAAUAAACUGCUGGGGUAACUCAAUUAGAAAUUUAAUUUGCUCAAUUAGCACGUAAUAAAAAAUACGUGUCUAUUUUUUGUAUAUACUGCAACAUAUUACAGAUUGAAGAAAAUCGGUUAGGUACACCUCGGAUACUUUCCUGGAAGAAAGCGAUAAAAAAUUCUACUUAUCCUUUUACUUAAGACAAAGACUAUAAAAAGUUGACUGCACCUAGCUGGAUAUCAAAGAGUUGUAUAUAUCUUAACAUCAAAUACUUUAUACAUAGCUUAUAGCGUUAGUUAUUUAUUGAACGACGUUUUACUAAGUGUUCAACACAAAUGUAAGAAUUCACCGAUGAGAAUAUAAAAAUGUUUAAUUUCCAGGCACUUUUCUGGGAAUCAUAAAACGUCGAAUCUAAAAAAUAAAAAGUUCCUAAGUUUCUAGAGAAUUUCAGUGAUCUAUCUAAAUAGAAGAAAAAUAAAUAUUUACAAAUGUUAGUACUAGCUUCUCUAGAUACGUCGAGAACUCUAGGGUUCGAUACAAGUUUGAGAAGUAUUAAAAAAGGCCUGGGCUAGUCGUCCAGCUUUUCAGGAUAAAUAAAAAAAAUCUUGCUUUGUAGAGCUGAAAAAGGUGAGUGGUUCUGUCCAACUCGUCUGGGCUAUUCGUCGGAAAAGCUGGACGACUAGGCACUUCGAUUUAAAAAAAUUCUGCCGUCCUGGUGAGAAAAAGUAGCUAUCUACACGUUGCCAUAAAGAAGCUUGCUGCAUCUAUAUCAAAAUGGCAGAAUUUUCUCGCAUAUCAUAGGUUUUAUAUACCAUUUUGUGGAAAAUAAAAUAUAAUUUAAAAGACUAUCUUUAGUCUUUUAGUCUUUAGUUUAUAAUAUUAACUGUCGGCAGCUAAACAAGUGAGGAAACAUACCGUACUUUCAUCCGUAAUUCUUACACAUUCAUUAAAAAAAAAAACAAAUAAUCCAUUGUGUAUCAGUGGCGUGGUGAAGGCGAUUUUGACGACUGUGAAGUUUUCCAAUUACAAUAGUCAAAAUUUCUUUCACUCACACCUGUGGUGCGCACGAUGCUGUUUGUACGAUACCCCCUUAAAGAUCCAACUUUUCAUGCAUGAGAAUCAGCUGCGGGAGCUGGAUAAUUAGUUUUCUAAUGCACGCUGAAUAUUGGAUACUAACUUUCCGUGAAUAAAGUGAAAUUGUCUACAUAAAUGAUACCAAAAAAGAUGUUCGUCUUUUUGUCUUGACUUGUAGUGAUCU